AUGGCAAGAGACUAUGACCAUUUAUUCAAAUUACUCAUAAUAGGCGAUAGUGGAGUAGGCAAGAGCUCCUUGCUACUCAGAUUUUCCGAUAAUACUUUCACAGGAAGCUAUAUCACCACCAUAGGAGUCGACUUCAAAAUCAAGACUGUCCAUGUGAAUGGCCAAAAGGUGAAACUCCAAAUAUGGGAUACUGCUGGACAAGAACGGUUCAGAACAAUUACAAGCACAUACUACAGGGGGACACAUGGUGUUAUUGUAGUGUAUGAUGUUACAAAUGGGGAAAGCUUUGCCAAUGUCAAACGUUGGCUUCAUGAAAUUGAACAGAACUGUGAUUUAGUGAAUAAAGUAUUAGUUGGCAAUAAAAAUGAUACUCCAGAAAGGAAAGUAGUGCUCACAGAAGAUGCUCAACGUUUUGCAGAUACAAUGAAUAUCCAGCUGUUUGAAACAUCAGCAAAAGAUAACAUCAAUGUAGAAGAAAUGUUCCUAGCAAUCACAAGAUUGGUGCUACGCUCAAAAUUAGACAUGAUGGAAAGGCAAAAUGUCACACAAAAUGAUACAGUCAAUUUAAGAAAAACCAAUAAACAAAACAAGAAGAAUAAAUGUUGUUAG